AUGAGUGCGGGAGUGUUCGGUGCAGAAAAGCGUAGCGCGAAACGGGCGCAGCAAGCAUGUUUGAAUUGCAGACAGAAAAAGGCCCGUUGUAACGGGGAGAAGCCAGUCUGUCGUACGUGCGCUGAAUCCUUUCUAAGUUGUCGUUGGGCUAUCGGUUCAGCGUCAGGAUCCAGGACUCGAGCUACUGUAUUGCGGAAUGAGACUCUCGCCACCAGGAUAUCAAUACUCGAGCAGCAGCUGAAGUCCAUCGCUCCCGGAACCUAUGAUAAAGCCGGAAUGAUCGAAGUGGAGGCAGAGGUCAAUCUCAAUUCGAUAAGAGCCAAUUCGCAUGCAAACAUCUCGUCAACUGCUGUCGUGCCGAUAACACCAAACGAUCCCAUACAGCUUCCUUCUCAGUCGAUGUUUGCUGGUAUUAUAGACGACUUUUUCAAAUACUGUCACAACCAACCGUAUAGCUACUUUCGGGAGCGCACAUUCCGUCGGCAGCAUUCACACAGAAAACUUCCUGUCUACUUACUCUAUGCGUUCGCUGCAACGGCGAUUAGAUUCUCACCGCUGUUUUUCGCUACGAAUGACGGAGACAAACUAGUUCAGCCUUACUGCGAUAUCGCCUGGACACAGGUUACUCAAUAUGCCUUCCAUCCAACUAGCGAGCUUGACAUCACAUUGGUACAGACGUCGAGUCUACUAUCUGUGAUAGAUUUUAUACAUGGUCAUCAUGAGCUUGCUUGGAUGAAGAUUGGCCUUGCAAUACGCUUCGCGCAAGCACUCCAUUUGCACCAGGAGCCGGACUCGACAAUUCCCGAUCACGAGCAGGAGGCUCGGCGACGGACUUUCUGGUCCAUCUAUCUACUCGAUAGACUCAUUUCGAUCAGCUCUCACAGGCCAACAAUGCUUACCGAUAUCGACUGUAUAGUUAGACUACCAGAUGCCGAGGCUAUAUUCCAGGAAGGACGAACAACGCCUCAAGUACCAAAUUUAUACCUAUUCAACGAACGUUGCAGCCCUUUUCCAUACCACGAGCUUAGCCAUUUUGCAAGGGUUGUAGUGAUUGCAUCUUCACUCGGACGUGUGGUCAAAUAUAGCAUGGCAACCCAAACGCACUAUACGCAGCCACCGUGGCUUAGCAGUAGCGAGUACUCAGAGAUACUCGGUUCUCUCCGGAAUUUGGAAUCCCGAUGGCCUUUACCUGCCACGGAUCUUGGACAGCUGGUGGAAGAAACCGUGAGUGAGAAUAAUAACGCCGACCAGCAGCCGGUAAGCCAUUUCGUGUUCUCACAGGCACUACUUCACCUCUCACAUUGUCUAUUGGAUCAUCCGGCACUCUUACACCAUCGAUGCCGUUCUCAUAACAGGGAGAUUCCACACAGCUUUUUGGCCGAGGCGCUAGAAAGGUGUAGGCAACAUGCAUCUGAUCUAUUGGCUCUGCUGGACAGCGCAAGUAACUGCGGCUGCGUCUUAGAAAGUAGCGUCUACGGCUAUUGCGCAUUGACUGCCGGUACAUUGCACUCACUCUUCGAACAUCACGAGAAUGCAGCUGUUGCUCUCGAUUCUACUGCAAAGGUGUCAGUAGCCCUCCACUUCUUACAGACUAAAGCGGAACGGCAGCAGUGCUACAAGAAUAUGGCAAUUUCACUCAAGAAACUGAAAAUCGACCCCAGCACCGCUCGUGUCUUGGUCAGCCCGAGCGUCCUUGCCAGGAGGAACCUUGCCUUCGACGACCAGCUGCUAAGGGAACUAUUGGAGUUCGCGCAUGUCAUCAAAGCUCCAGUAUUAGCCAGACCCAUCCAGGAAAAUGCCACGCUAGAUUGUCAGAGCACCCUUUCGCAGAGUUCCCACUUACCAUCUGAGCGAUCCAAUUUCGGCCCGUUGGACUAUUUAGCAGCUGUGAAUACCGGGCCAGAGAUUGCUGACAUGCCUUCAAACUUCAAUUGUCGAGAUCUACUUGGUGAAGAAAUUGGUGAUAUCUGGGAUGACGUGAUGCAUGCAAAUAGUGUCGCUGACAUUAUGUCGUAUAGGACCUUCUCGUAG